AUGGAUUACCAAGGAAUUGUCCGCGGUUCCAUUCGUGGGGAGGCUUUAAAAAAAUUGGCUAGUUUAACAGUUGAAUAUGUUCCAGCAAAUUUGAAAGAGAUAAAUACUGGGAUUCAGAAGGACGAUUUUGCAAAGCUUUUGUCUGCAACGCCUAAGGAGUUUCAUGGACGCAAACCCAUAAGUAAUGGAGGUGUUGGGGGUGGUGCUAUAGGUGGUGCUAUAGGUGCUGGAGGAAUAAGCGGCGGGGGCAGUAAUUUGAAUGGGAACAAGUUGUCAGCAGUGGCAAUUGCUCCAAAGGAAUACGAAGUGUUGAUUGCGUUAUGUGACGCUACUAAGAACACAAUGAAAAUUCAGGACCAAGUGAAGACGCUUAUUGAUAAAUUCAAAGUUUACUUAUUUGAGUUGCCUGAUCAAAAAUUCGCCUAUAAUAUAGUGUCCAGCUCCGUGGCUAUAUCCCCAUGGACUUUAUUGAGUGAGAAAUUAACAUGUGGGUUGAUCAAUUUGGCUUAUCAUUCGAACAAAUUGUAUUUCGACAAUGUGGUUGAUAUUUUCCAUCAAUUUAUUGAAAAAUUUUUCGACAAUGUUGAACCACAAUUUUCCAACUUUUUAACAUUGAUGGGGUUUAUCGAUGGGUUGAACAAAAAUGCCAAGUUUUUGAGCUAUUCUUCAAGAACUUUCAAGAUUUUCACUAGUUUGGAUUCUUGUGUGGACAAUUAUGAUUUUUUAAGUGACGUGGAGAAUUAUUCAGAUUAUCUUUAUGACGAACCAAAUGAGUACAAGGGCUUGGUUGAUCGCGAUUUUGCAAUUAAUUUCUCACCUGUUUUGUAUCUUGAAAAAUUAUCGAGAUUGAUGUGCUCCAUUAUUAAUGGUAUUAUUGGAAAUAAGGAUGAGUCCUUGUUGCACUACAUCUUGAAGAGAGCUGCUCAAAGAUAUAGUGAUGAUGACACUGCUAAUCAUGCUAAUAGCAAUGCUACUGCUAAUGGAAUACAAGCUAGAUUGAAGAAUGGAAGAGCAGGAGUAUUGGAGUUUUCAAGAUCAAAUAUGGAGAUCAUUAAGAUUUUAACCGAUUUGGCAUUGAGAAAAUUGGAAUUUGCAGACCGAGGUGAAACAUAUAUUAUUUACUCAACUUUCAAUCGUUUGAAAUUGGGUUACUUGGCCAAGAGCUAUAAUUUACAAGUUUUAAGUUGUGGUAUGUUUACCGAUAACUUGGAUUUGAAAACUUCAGAGAACUUGUUUAGUUCAUGUGUUGGAAUUAGAGACGUUAUGUUGGAUCCCGAUUUAGGACUAACCGUUUUUGAAUUUGGGUGUUUAUUGCUUUUCAAGGAUGAGUCAGUUGGACCUUUGUUGACUAGAGUUUUCACUUCUGUAGUGGCUAAUCCCAAGUUACAACUGCAAUACUGCUUAGAAGCAUCCAAAAGUGUUGGUUUAGGCAGUAAGAAACUACCUCAAGAUGCAGUAAUCACCACUAUUUACUCAUUAACAAAUUUACUUUUUGUUAGUAAUGAAGGCUUGCAGUUACAAUCCAAGAGUGCAAGAAGAGCUAUUAGAAAUGCUACCGGUUUAGAGAAUGGGUCUAUUAGAGAAACAGCAAACUCGCCGUUAUCUUCUAGAAGAACUUCAAUGUCUUCAUUAACACAAGUUUUCAGUAAAGGUGCGGUAUCAAGCGAGUUGGAAGAGAAUGAUUACCUCAAAGUUUGUGAAAAUGCAGUAAUUGCAAUUAUUGAAGUCUCGGAAGCUUGCGAAGACGAAAAGAUUCCUGCAUUAGCAUGUACUAUUUUAUCACAAAAAGUGACCAGAAUUGAGUCAGUGAUUGGCCCAUUAAUCUUGAGAGCUUUAAGUUCAUGCGCUCCAUUUUUACCAGAAAAGGAAUUUAUUAUAUUGGUUCGAUUAUUGAACAAGUUAUCAUUUGAUGCAUUGAGCAAAAAGAAUCUAAGCUUAUUAGCCAAUUUAACCGAGGCAAAGGUUAACUUGGCCAAAAAAUUGAAACAGGAUAGCCCAAUGUACACUGUUUAUUUACGCGAGUUAUUAGUUGCAAUCAUCAGUAAAGGUGAUGUCGAGCAAUUGGAGCAUCAUAGAUCUCAUAAUGAGAUUACCGAAGUUGGUGACCAAAUUGCUAUUUUCUUAAAACCUUUAGCUGCAUUAUUACCCGAUGUUCGUUUAGGGCAGGAACCAUUGAAGAUUAAGAGUAAAGAGAUUAUUGAUUUGUUUAGAAACAUUUGGUUCAAUAUGGUUGUUCACGGCUAUAACAUCAAAGCUAAGAUUUGCCGAACUUACAAGACGGAGUUGGAGAGAAUUGCUUAUAAUUCACCUCCAUUAGGCUCAGAAAUGUCGUGGGAUCGUACGGAAACUUCCAUUGACUUAAAUACUGUUUUGAGAAGAGGUUCUUCUAAUCAUAAUAUCAAAGAUCAUAGAUCAAAUCUUGGCGAUAUCUUUGAAGUUCACCGUACAUUGUCGUACCCCAAAUUGAUGUUUUUGUCAGCAACUGCUUUUAUGGAGACAUUAAGAGUAAGAAGCGGUAACUGCUCAAAGAUCUUGUUGUAUUUCACUGAUCCAUCUAUCAAGAUUGCUGGUCUUGAAAAAUAUUUAGGUCCAAUUGCUUUCCAAAUUGUUAAAGAGUAUAAUAACUUGAUUAGUACUGGUGCCAAUAAGCAAUUCUCGGCUGAUCAUAUUGCAGAGCAAUUGACCAAAAUGUUGACCAUGUUCACUUAUAGUAUUCCAGAAAUGCAAGAUGCCUCUUUGCAGUGUUGCGAUUUAUUGAUCAAUAAAGUUCCUUCAUCAUUGUGUCAUAAAAAGUCAUUGUUUGCCCUUUUUGACUUGCUUGGUUUAUUGUUCCAAAGUAUUGAAGAUGCAGAUGUCCACGAGUAUGAACCUACUACAGUUUUCCGUGCACGUUGUACUGGUAUAAAAAUCGAAAUGUCUGAUGAUUAUAAGUGGAGAUGUUCUACAUUUAAUCGGUUCCAUGAAAAGUCAAAAUACUGGAUUAAUAUGAUUUUAUACAAGUGCAAUAUUGAUGUCAAAAGUUUGAUUCAAUCAUAUGUUUCGGCAAAUGAAGAGUUGAAUUUUGAUUCACCAAUUCAAUUUGGUUUAUCAUUUGCGUUGGAGAUGUCAGGAAGUAUUACAUCACAUGAUCGUGAGUCAUCUGCAAUUACAUAUGCCAAUGUUUCAGCAUUGGAUAGUUUGCCUACAACUGUCGCACAAUUGAACUGGAGAUCCACUUUUGUUUCACAAUUAAUGAACAAGUUACCAUUAAGAACUGAUGAAGAGUCCAAUAUUGCGUUUAAGGCAAUUAGAGAAAAAGUUUACAACACAAAAAGUCGUUUGUCUAGCUUGUCAACAACAACAGCAACAACAACAACAACAACAACAUUAUUAACAACAACAACAUCAUCAUCAACACCAACAUCAACACCAACAGCAUUGUUGUUAAAUAACGAUUAUCCGGAUAGUGCAGAGAUUACCAACUUGUUGACAGAAAUAGCAGGUCUUGCAUUGUUGAGUGACGUUAAUAAUGCAGAGUUGGUUAGAUAUAUGGUUGAAAUUCCAUUUCUUAUGUUUGAGCCAUCAGUAAUGAUUGGUGCUACAGGUGUUUGGUUUGAGGUAUUGAAGGAUAAACCCAAAUUGAGCAUGUUGUUAUUAAGUGAAGUGGCUAAGAAAUGGCAAGAGUCGAUUGAAUUGAGAAAGGGUUUGUUUUCUCAGGAGUAUGAUAUUGCUCACCCAGAGGUUGAAAAGAUGGAAUAUGCACCAAGUAAUAGUGUUGCUGUGCAUAGACUUGCCGAAAAGGCACAACGAAGCUUUGCACCACACUUGGAAAUCAUUAGAUUAUUUUCAAGUAACUUUGAAGCUACUUUAAAUCAAAGUGAUCAUUUGUUAAAAAUCUUUACUAGAUUUGUUGAAGUUGGUUUGAAGAAUUUGAAACACGCAUCGUAUCAUCCAUUAUCAAGAUUAGUUCGUUUUGAGUUUAUUAAAUUUUCAUUUGAAGUUUUGCAAUACCAUAUCAAGUUAGGUUCUAGAAGCUGUUUAAGCUUGACAAACUUGAUAUUUGAUGGUGGAUUGACAUGGUUUAGGCAAAGGAGUACUUACCCCUUUGGUGCCAAUAGAUUGAAAUUUAAAAGCGAAGCCAUUGUAAUGAAGGAUGUUGCCAGAAUGGCAGGUUCUAUUAUUACAAAUGCCAAGCUACUGGGAGACAUUGCAAUGAAGAAGUCAAUAUUUUUAUAUUUCCUUGAUGAUGAGAUUUACAAGUUUAAUGUUUGGAUGAGCAGUUUAAGUCCCGUUGAUACUCUGGGAACUUUGGUUUCACACCAGAUCAACGUAGCACAAGUAACUAAAGCUUAUGAACUUGAUCCAAUUUUGGCCAUCAACUUGGCAAUGAGAUUUAAGAUUAAAAACAUUGAUGAUCAUUUGCAGCAGUUGAUUAUCAAGAACCCAUUGCCUGCAGUGUUUUAUCCUGAUGCGGUUCAAUUUUUUAUUGGCAUCAAUGCGGGCACUCAUAUGCCAUCACAUCAAUUAUUAUUCUGGGAAGCAUUAUCACCCAUUGACGCAAUUACUUUAUUCUUGCCUCCAUUUGGUUCCAAUUCAUUUAUUUUACAAUAUACAAUGAGGUCUUUAGAAAGUCAUGAUGUUAAUUUGACCUUUUUUUAUGUUCCACAAAUUGUCCAGUCUUUGAGAUUUGACGCCAAGGGAUAUGUUGAGAGGUAUAUUAUUGAAACAGCAAAAGUGUCACAAUUGUUUGCUCAUCAAAUUAUCUGGAAUAUGUUGGCCAAUAGUUACAAAGACGAAGAUUCUUUGGAGCCUGAUGACUUGAAGCCUGUUUUAGAUCGAAUUCAAGAAACCAUGUUGAACAGUCUUAGCGAAAAGGAUUUAGAGUUUUACCAUAAGGAGUUUGGAUUCUUUAAUGAAGUUACUGAUAUAUCGGGUAAAUUGAAACCAUAUAUCAAGAAAUCAAAGCCAGAAAAGAAAGCCAAGAUUGAUGAGGAAAUGGCCUUGAUCAAGCUUGAGCCUGGUGUUUAUUUACCAUCCAAUCCUGACGGUGUAUUGGUUGACAUCAAUCGUAAAUCGGGUAAGCCAUUGCAAUCACACGCCAAGGCACCAUUUAUGGCUACGUUCAAGAUCAAGAAGAAUGUCAUUGAUUAUGAUGAAAAGGGACAAGAGCAAACGGUUGAAAUUGAGAAAUGGCAAAGCGCCAUAUUCAAAGUUGGAGAUGAUUGUAGACAGGAUGUUUUGGCAUUACAAUUAAUAUCAAUGUUCCGAACCAUUUGGCAAAAUUCAGGAUUGGAUCUUUAUGUGUUUCCUUAUCGAGUUACUGCUACUGCACCCGGUUGUGGUGUUAUUGAUGUUUUGCCCAAUUCAACGUCGAGAGAUAUGUUGGGUCGAGAGGCUGUGAAUGGAUUAUAUGAGUAUUUUAUUACCAAGUUUGGGCCAGAAAACUCUAUUGAAUUUCAACAGGCUAGGAAUAAUUUGGUAAAGUCGCUAGCAGCGUAUUCAAUUAUCUCUUAUUUGUUACAAUUUAAAGAUAGACAUAAUGGUAACAUUAUGUAUGAUGAACAAGGGCAUAUAUUACAUAUUGAUUUUGGUUUUUGUUUUGAUAUUGUGCCAGGAGGAGUUAAAUUUGAAAAUGUUCCAUUUAAGUUGACACAUGAGAUGAUUCUAGUUCUUGGUGGUAACGACGAAACUCAAGCAUUUAAAUGGUUUGAAGAGUUGUGUAUCAAGGGGUACCUAGCAUGUCGUCCAUAUAUGGAAGUAAUUGUUCGAACGGUUACUCCAAUGUUGGAAAGUGGACUACCAUGUUUUAAGGAUAGUACAAUAAAGAACCUUCGUCUGAGAUUUGUUCCUAAUAAGAGUGAAAAGGAAGCUGCCGUUUACUUUAAAAAGUUGAUUAAGGAAUCAAAGGAGAGUUUCUAUACUAAGGGUUAUGAUGAGUUUCAAAGACUCACCAAUGGUAUUCCAUAUUGA